AUUGAGCUUUAUCGGUUUGAGUUGCGCUCAAACGGGGGUCGCCGUCUCAGCGUGGUCGGAAGUUUUCCUCGGCUGUGUUUGGGUGUUCCGGGCGGGUUUGCCGAAAGCGCCGCGCUGGGUGAGUGGCCGAAUGCUGCCAAGGACGGGACGGUCGGGCUCGGGAGGCCAGGGGUUGAUUCCGUAAGGCUAAAAUGGGCUGGCUGCCUGAAGAAGCUGGUUAUCCGUCGAGGCGUCGCAGGGCGAGGCUCGAAGCGCCGCCAAAACCGGGUCUUACGCUCGCAUCAGCUGCGCUGGCGAUUUACGCAGGCAGGACUGCCGCGCCUCAGAUAGGAUAGUGGCAAUCUAAGGGGGGAGCGCGUUUCUUUUUUUUUUCUUCCCCGCUCCCCUUACCGUCUUUCUUUGCGUAAUUUUCUGCUUAUGUUUUUCUUCUUAGGUUUUUUUUUUUUUUUUUUUUUUUUUUU